GAAGCGGGGAGGGGCGGCGGGCGGGGGCUCCGGAAAAACGCCCCGACUUCCUGCCCGCCGGAGCCAGGAAGCCGGAGUCGGGACGCCGGGACCGCCGAGCCCGACCUCGGGCGCCCCGCCGGUCACCUCCCCGCGCGGACAGCAGCCCUGUGGAGUCCUGGAGAUGGAAGAAGUCGCCGGUGGUGCGGCCCCAGGGCCUCCCCGGGCUGGCCUGGUGUCGAUCAUCAUCGGGGCCGAGGAUGAGGAUUUUGAAAACGAGCUGGAGGCGAACUCGGACGAUCAGAACAGCCGGUUCCAGAGCCUGGAGCAGGUGAAGUGCCGCCCGGCCCACCUCAUGGCCCUCCUGCAGCACGUGGCCCAGCAGUUCGAGCCAGGACCUUUGCUCUGCUGCCUGCAUGCGGACAUGCUAAGCUCACUGGGCCCCAAAGAAGCCAAGAAGGCCUUCCUGGACUUCUAUCACAGCUUCCUGGAGAAGACAGCGGUUCUGCGGGUGCCAGUUCCUCCCAGUGUGUCUUUUGAACUUGACCGUACACGACCUGACCUCAUCUCUGAGGAUGUCCAGAGGCGGUUCGUGCAGGAGGUGGUUCAGAGCCAGCAGGCUGCCGUGACCCGGCAGCUGGAAGACUUCCGCUCCAAGCGGCUCAUGGGCAUGACGCCCUGGAUGCAGGAGCUGAGCCUGCUGGAGCCCUGGAUCGGGAAAGACCGAGGCAGCUAUGAGGCCCGGGAGCGGCACGUGGCGGAGCGGCUGCUCGCCCAGCUGGAGGAGAUGCAACACACCAUCUCCUCAGAUGAAGAGAAAAGUGCUGCUGUGAUCACUGCCAUCAGCCUGUAUAUGCGCCAUCUGGGGGUUCGGACCAAGAGCGGGGACAAGAAGUCAGGGAGGAACUUCUUCCGGAAAAAGGUGAUGGGGAAUCGGAGGUCAGACGAGCCCCCCAAGACAAAGAAAGGGCUGAGCAGCAUCCUAGAUCCCGCCCGCUGGAACCGGGGAGAGCCGUCUGCUCCAGAUUUCCGACAUCUGAAGGUCGAGGUUGAUGAGAAACCAAGUCCUGCAGACAGGAAGGGAGGCCUGGCCGUGCCUUCUCGGGACAGAACCAUUGGUCCUCCUGGGCAGGACAACCCAGGAGUGUCCCUGCACCCCCUGCCUGCCGACAGCCCCGACGCCCGGGACCCAGGUGUGGAGAACCCCCAGGAGCCGGGGGAUGCACCCCUACACGGCCCUACAAGCCUGGAGUCCCUGCCGCCCCCGGAGAGCACGGAGGAGAACGUGGAGACGGAGAGGCUAUCAGGGCGUCUGGGGCGCUCAGAGAGCCUCCGGGUGAGUGACCGCCGCCGGCCUUCCCGGGGCAGCCUCGGGGCUAAGGGCCGGGGUGGGGGCCGUUCCCGGAGCGACGUGGACAUGGACCCAGGCUCUGCCACGGCCGUGCUUGGCCCUACCCGACGAGCCACCCCGGAGCCUGGAGAUGAUGGGGAGCCAGGACGGUCAGGCCUAGAACUGGAACCAGAAGAACCUCCCGGCUGGAGGGAGCUCGUGCCAGUAGACACCCUGCUCAGCCUGCCCAAGAGCCAAGUGAAGCGUCAGGAGGUCAUCAGCGAGUUGCUGGUGACCGAGGCCGCUCACGUGCGCAUGCUUCGAGUGCUGCAUGACCUCUUCUACCAGCCCAUGGCGGGCGGCGGCUUCUUCCCCCUGGACGAGCUGCAGAACAUCUUCCCCAGCCUGGACGAGCUCAUUGAGGUGCACUCCCUGUUCCUAGAUCGCCUGAUGAAGCGGAGACAGGAGAGUGGCUGCCUCAUUGAGGAGAUCGGUGACGUGCUGCUGGCCCGGUUCGAUGGUGCUGAGGGCUCGUGGUUCCAGAAGAUCUCCUCCCGCUUCUGCAGCCGCCAGUCGUUUGCCUUGUACCAGCUCAAAGCCAAGCAGCGCAAGGAGCCGCGGUUCUGUGCCUUCGUGCAGGAAGCGGAGAGCCGCCCGCGGUGCCGCCGGCUGCAGUUGAAGGACAUGAUCCCCACGGAGAUGCAGAGACUGACCAAGUACCCCCUGCUGCUGCAGAGCAUCGCACAGAACACAGAGGAGCCCGCGGAGCGGGAGAAGGUGGAGCUGGCAGCUGAGUGCUGCCGGGAGAUUCUGCACCACGUCAACCAAGCCGUCCGAGACAUGGAGGACCUGCUGCGCCUCAAGGAUUACCAGCGGCGCCUGGACUUGACUCACCUGCGGCAGAGCAAUGACCCUAUGCUGAGCGAGUUCAAGAACCUAGACAUCACGAAGAGGAAGCUGGUCCACGAAGGCCCCCUGACGUGGCGGCUGACCAAGGACAAGGCUGUAGAGGUGCACGUGCUGCUGCUGGAUGACCUGCUGCUGCUGCUGCAGCGCCAGGACGACAGGCUGCUGCUCAAGUCUCACAGUCGGACGCUGACCGCCACGCCCGACGGCAAGACCAUGCUGCGGCCUGUGCUCCCCCUCACGUCCGCCAUGACCCGAGAGGUGGCCACUGAUCACAAAGCUUUCUACGUCAUUUUUACCUGGGACCAGGAGGCCCAGAUAUACGAGCUGGUUGCACAGACUGCAUCAGAGCGCAAGAACUGGUGUGCCCUCAUCACUGAGACCGCCGGCUGCCUCAAGGUCCCCGCCCCCGCAUCCCGCCCCAAGCCCCGGCCCAGCCCAAACAGCACCCGAGAACCCCUGCUCAGUAGCUCUGAGAAUGGCACUGGAGGCCGGGAGAUGGCAGCAGUUGAUGCCCGGACAGAGCGGAUCCUCAGUGACCUCCUGCCCUUCUGCAGACCAGGCCCAGAGGGCCAGCUUGCAUCCACAGCCCUUCAGAAAGUGCUCUCUCUGAAACAGCUCCUAUUGCACGCUGAGGAAGACAGUGGAGCGGGCCCGCCCCGGGAUGGGGAUGGGGUGCCUGGUGGGGGUCCCCCGGGCCCGGCGCACACCCAGGAGAUUGAGGAGAAUCUGCUCAGCCUGGAGGUGGCCAUCAGGCAGCUGGAGGAGCUGGAAGAGGAAUUCUGCCGCCUGCGACCCCUCCUGUCUCAGCUUGGGGGAGCUCUGUCCCCUAGCCUGGCUGUACCUGAACGUUCUGUCCAGACAGGCCUUUCAUGAAGAGAGGAAGCGGGGAGAGGAUGUGAGGGGUCCCCGCCCCCAUAGCUGCCACAGCAUCUCACACCCCAGAGGCCUUGAGAGCAGACUGGCCACACUUGAUAGGGGACUGCUGGGGUCCCUGCCUUCCACAACGGCCUCUGCCUCUCUCCUCCUGCCUUCCGCUUGGGGGACCCAGGGCUUCACUCCAGAGUACCACCAUAAUCCCCGUUUGCCAGGCCAUCUCAGUAUUGCCUGUGGGGGGGUCGCCCCUCCACCCCUACCCCAAGUGCCUUUGCUGUUUUUAUAUCCUGAAUUGGAGGUUUAUUUUUAAUAUAUAUUAUCUAAGGAGA